AUGCCGAACCUCUACGCAGGGGUGCCGGCCCACCGCUGGGUGACUCUGAUAGCCUUCUUCGUGGUGCUGCUUGCAGACGCGGCCCUGGCCUCCACCUCAGCACCUUCAGCCUCCAACAGCUGGCUCUACCAGGCCAAGCGACCACUCAUCCUGGCACACCGCGGCUCGCGCUACCUCAACCCAGAGAACACACUGCCCGCGUUCCACUCAGCGCUCCAGCUUGGCGCUGACGUGCUCGAGAUGGACGUACGCCUCACGGCCGACAAUCGCCUGGUGGUGUUCCACGACGAGAACGUGAAUCGAACGACCGAAGGCUACGGGCUCGUGCGACAGAAGACCCUCGCGGAGAUGCUCGCGCUCGACGCCGGCUACCGCUACACGCACGACGGCGGCCUCUCCUACCCAUACCGCGACGGAGGCGUCGCUGGCCCGCACCCGCUUCGCGUGCCCACCUUCGACCAGUUCCUCGACGCGUUCCCCGACCAGUGGAUCAACGUGGAGAUAAAGGACCGCGAGCGCCUGGCCGCGGAGCUCACCUGGCAGCACCUGCAACGGCAGCCGAACUACUCGUCUCGAUUCGUGGUCGCCAGCCGGUACUGCGACAUCAUCGACCACUUCCGAAACAUCACGCAGGGCGCCAUCGCCACGGCUGCCUGUGAAACCGAAGCCACCAACAUGCGGAUCAAGAUACUGCUUGGGUCUGCGGCGAACACGCUCGACUAUUGCCUAGGCCUCAGGCUGCCGCCGGCCGAGGUCUACCAACUCCCAACAAGGGCGGAGAUGAUUGACUAUCUGCAUUCCAUCGGAGCCAAGGUCCAUUACUGGGUGGUCAACGACGCGCGCUACAUGCAGCGAUUGCUUGCCAAGGGCAUCGACGGGCUCAUCACCGAUCGGCCCGACGUUGCCUAUGCGGUCUGGCAGCAAAUGGGAUACGACAUGCCUGGUGCUGCUCUUGACUCAGCUCAAGCGGACGGUCUAGUUGGGUCGAACCAACAACAACAACAGCGGUGGCGCCACUUUGAGCCGCUGGCGCAGGCGGAGGAGCUGCACGAGUGCGUGACCCUCGUGUGCCGCUACUUUGCCUUCGGUCUGGGCGCCGUCUACUUUCUUGUCUUCGUCAUCCUCGCGCUGCUGGCGUUGGCCGUCUGCCUGGCGAGGCGGCUCUACAGCGCCAUACGGACGACCCGCAAGCGAUCGUCAUCGUCGUCAUCCACCAGUCGAAGUGGCAACAAAGUGAAACGCGCUUGA